AUGGAGAAUGUCACUACAAUGAAUGAGUUUCUUCUACUUGGCCUGACUGGUGUUCAGGAGCUGCAGCCUUUCUUCUUUGGGAUUUUCUUAAUCAUUUACCUGAUAAACUUGAUUGGAAAUGGAUCUAUAUUGGUGAUGGUUGUUUUAGAACCACAACUCCACUCCCCUAUGUAUUUUUUUCUGGGAAACCUUUCUUGUCUGGAUAUUUCUUAUUCUUCAGUGACACUGCCCAAGCUGCUUGUAAACUUUGUGUGCAGUCGCAGGGUAUCUUGUCUAGGCUGCAUCACCCAGCUACACUUUUUCCACUUUUUGGGAAGCACAGAGGCCAUUUUACUGGCUGUCAUGGCCUUUGACCAUUUUGUUGCCAUCUGCAAUCCUCUUCGCCACACUGUCAUCAUGAACCCCCAGGUGUGUAUUCUGUUGGCAGCUGCAGCCUGGCUCAUCAGCUUCUUUUACGCUCUGAUGCAUUCUGUCAUGACUGCACAUCUGAGUUUUUGUGGCUCUCAAAAACUCAAUCACUUUUUCUGCGAUGUCAAGCCGCUCUUAGAACUGGCCUGUAGUGACACACUACUCAAUCAAUGGCUUCUUUCCAUUGUCACAGGCAGCAUAUCCAUGGGAGCUUUCUUUCUGACUCUUCUCUCCUACUUCCAUAUAAUUGGCUUCCUUCUGUUUAAGAACAGGUCCUGCAGAGUACUCCAUAAGGCUCUGUCCACUUGUGCCUCCCAUUUUAUGGUGGUAUGUCUUUUCUAUGGACCUGUGGGCUUCACAUAUAUUCAUCCUGCUUCAGCCACCUCCAUGAUUCAGGACCGGAUAAUGGCCAUCAUAUAUAGUGCCAUCACCCCUGCACUGAAUCCACUGAUCUACACCCUUAGGAACAAAGAAGUGAUGAUGGCUCUGAAGAAAAUCUUUGGUAGGAAGUUGUUUAAAGACUGGCAGCAACACCACUAG